UGCGCCCUAAGGAAAGCAGUUUGCGUGAUACUGAGCGAACGUACUCGGUUGUUCGCGUCUCCCGCAGCCUGCUAGUCCAACAGAAAUAUGUCUUCAAUAAAAGAAAGAGCAGCAGCCUUAAACCUGGCAGAGAAACUGUGUGUGCGUCCUCAGGGUUUGGACCCAAACCCCAACCUGAAGGUCUGUGCAGCUUCUGGAGGAGCCACCAAGCCCGUUCAGUCUUCCUCCAUAUGGAGCCGCCUCAUCUCCCAUCUCAGGUCCAGCGUGACGGUGAAACGCAGAUUAGUCAUCCUCAAGUCCUACAACGACUGUUUCCUGGGCAACGAGGCCGUGGAUGCGCUGGCGGAACACAUAGCUAACGCCGAAGGCCUCGAGGGAGCGAAUGUGUCGCGGGACAAAGUGGUGUGUGUCUGCCAGGCCCUGCUGGAGUGUAACGUGUUCCAGGCGGUGGGAACCAAACUGUUUGGCAAAAACGCGAAGCCGGACGUAUUCCAGGAUAGUAAGAGUGCUCUCUACAGAUUUGUAGGAUUGCUCACGCCUUCAGUUGAUGAGUUGGAAAGAGGCGUGCUUGUCAACGGGAUCCAGGAAUUCUUUUGGAGCGCUUCUUCUGACAAGCAGGAGGCCUGUUCCUCCGAGUCUCAGGUGGACACGUCCAUAUCUCUCCCGAUGAAGAGCAGCCAGCUGGAGGCUAGUCUGAAGGCGGAGCCUGCAGCUGGCAGGGUUCAGACGCACGCCGCGUUACCUCAGUCAGUGGUGGAUGAAGUGUGGCAGGAGCAGACUCUUCUCCGGCUGUUAAACAUUAUAGAGCUCCCCCUGCUGGAAGGAGUGCUCCAGUGCAGCCAGACCUCCUCCUCUCCUUCUCCUCCUCCUCCUGCUACAGCCAACCUGGUGGCUCAUGGAAACCCAGACCUGAUCUACAGCAGCAACCACCUGGACAGAAAGAUCCUCCAGGCCUUCAGGAGCUCCCAGGAUGACAAGUGGCUCUGUGCAGCUCUGGACUGUUUGGACUUCCUUCCUGACCAGCCGGUGGUGGAACUGAGCAGGGAGCUUCAUUUCUGCUUCCUUCAAGAAAAGGAGAGCUGCGACCCAGAACCAGCAGGCGGAGGUCCCAGCAGCGCAGAGCAGACGGGUCUCUCUCAGAGCGGCUCGGUCCGGUGCAAGCUGCUGCUCUACGAGACUCUGUCGAAACACUACAGCAGCACAAACAGGCCUCCGCUGUUGCCACGGCCCAUGGCCGACGUCUACACGGCCAUCUCCGACCUGCUUGUAAACGCCAAGCUGGACAAGGCUCUGGAGGCUCUGCAGUUGUGUCUGAAGUUGCUGCCUCGAAGCAGCAGAGAAGAGAUGCGGAGGCUGCUCAUGUUUAUGUCUUUGGCUGCUGAUCCUCAAGGAAUCAAAGUGGACAAGGAGGUGGAGAACAGGCUGGCGGUGAAGAAGUCGUUCUCCAGAGCGAUUUUACACAGCAAGACCUUCCCAAAGGAGAGGGAGGAUCUUCUGCUGGUUUUUAUGUUGAGCAACGUCGGAGAAAUCUUUAAGAUUCCAGGAUCUCUUCAUAAAAGAGUGAGUGAGAAACUGGCCGACCUUGCUGAGGGUGAACAGCCUGAUGUGACGGGUCCUGCUCUCAGCCAUCGGGCCUCCAGCAGGACCCACGUUGACUCUUCAAAAAACACCAAUCAGGAACUGUGGGCGCUCUUAAACAGCAUCCACCUGGACACCAAGAGAUCAGCCAAGGAGAGAAAGCGCCUCCUCAGACGGUUUUAUGGAGCUCACCCUGGGAUCUUUAACCAGUACUUUGGAGACUCUGCAGCCAACCAGCUGUAGCUUCAUCACUUUCAUGGUUUGCUUUAUUCCACAGAUUGAAAAUAAAGAAUUAAUUUAGGUGAAAAACAAAGUGUGUUACAGAGGUGGCUGGAAGAAAAAUUUGAAAGGAUUUUGAGUAAAAAAAAUCUUCCCUUCUCCGUCCUUUUCAAGGAUUUAAAUGAGCAGUUGGAAAAUGACAAUUCCACAACAAACAUUUAUUUCCCAUCUCCGAACAAAAGGUUUUAGCGAUUACUUCAGAUUAUUAAUAAAUUAGACCAUGACCAUUUUAGGGGUAGUCAGCUUCUUUUUAAAAGUGUGGAUCACUGAAAACAAAUUAUUCCAUCACUGUUUCUGAUUCUAACAGGUCACGCUGAGUGUUUCAUGCAGGCUGAACAUGAAAAUAGUCUCCUACACCUAUCUCCUGCAGUAGCUUCUGAUAGAAAACAGACGGUGAAGCUCUAGGAUUAGAAAAUCCUGACAGAUCUACGUCACGCUGUCACGAUGGCGAAGGCUGUUGUUGGUUUAGCGUUCAGAAAACUGCAGAGAACGUCUCAGAUAGCAGAAGCUAACCGUUAGCAUUAGCAACUCCAUUCAGGGGCGAUUCCAGCAUUUCAGGUUUAAGGGUGCUGAGCACCCUGAGAGCUGCCUUGGAGCCAGAGUGUUGUUCUGGUUUUUGCCAGUGGAGGACAUAAACUCGCCGAGCCUUUCAAGGCAACAAUACAUAGUGCACAGGUGUCAAACUCUGGCCCUAGGGCCAAACUAGGCCCACGGUCUAUUUUUUAUCUGGCCCGCAAGAUGAAAUAUCAAAUAUAUAUUAAAGCUGGCCCAUUUUACAGCAAAGACUACAAAUCCCAUACUGCUUUGUAGCGUUGUCGCGUCAGUCGAAGCGCCCCCUCCCUUCUGAUUACAAUCAUUAGCAUCCACACUGGAAUCAGCGUCUGCAGCGAUACCCUCCUCAGUCUCAAACAAAGUGAAAAUACUCCUCUAAGCUCCGAGUUUACUCAGCCAUUUGCCGACUUUGAAGCCCGUAAAAUGAGAUUUCAACUUCUCAGUCGUCCGCGACUGACAUGAAAAGCUCACCAACCAACUUCCAGACUGAGCUGAUUGAACUCCGUUAAACACAGUUUAAGUUAAUAGAUGAAAUAUUUUCAUGUAAGAAGAUUGCUAUUUUUUGGUUUUUGUUGUUGGCCUUAAAAAAAAAAGAUUAAACCUGUUUUAAAAUGGGAACUGGAAAGGCUACAGAUAGAAUAGAAUAGAAAAUCCCUUUAUUGUCCUUUAGUGGUGUCACAGCAACAAUAACAUUCAUUACAGGAGCAGAAAAGGAGAGUAAAAAAUAAAAAUAAAGAGUAAACAAGACAACAGAAAACUUAAAGAUUCAAAAGGUCAAAAAUGAUGAAUAUGUACAAUUUGUAAGCAAUAAAAAUAAUAAAAAGAUCGAUAAGUUUCACUGAUGUGUUUUAUUUAAAAUUCACUUGCUCGUGUGUAAUUUAGUCAUGCCAGAUUCAGUAUUUAACGACAUAUCUGUAGAUAAAGGAAAAUGUGCUCAUUAACCGUCACUUUUGUAUAAAUAUUCAGUCCCAGUUUUUCAUUUCAGCCCAGCGUGAUUUUGAGUUUGACACCCCUGACAGUGUUUGAAAAUAAAAUUUGAGCAAGUGUUUCUUCUAAGUAAGUCUUUAAAAAAUCCAUUUAGACAGAAAAGCCAGAAUGUAUUCACUUUAAAAAAUAAUUUACAAUUUAAACUCAACAAAUCUAUUUUUAUCUAUGUUCAAAAAGAAUGAAUCACGAGCUACAGCUGGACCUAUUAGCAGCUAGCUACAAAACCCUAGUAACAAUUUUUAAGCAUAAAAAGGCUAAAUGUAAUGACUGAACAUGUAGUACAUGCUUUCAGACACUGGAGGGCAGCAACUCCCCAUCUUCCCUUCUGUAAAUGCUGUUGAAACCAGAGUGCAGUUCUAGCGUUUUGCCAGUAGAGGGCAAAUUCCCCAUUCUCUCAAG